AAAAUUUUGUCGGAUGUUAUAUCUAUUAUUUGGAAAUGUUAAGAGACAAGAAAUCUCUUUAAAAAGUAGAAAAAAGACACAGAUGAGAGAUGACUCGAAUGAUAUUAUAAAUAUGAUAGAAAUAAUAAAUCAAAAAAAAAAUGAUGUCAGAAUAUAAAACCUUAUUUAAUAUUUUAGUUUUUUUUUUUUUUUAUAAUUUAUUUCAGAAAUUUUGUAACUAAUAAAGGAAUGCAAAUAACAUCGACAAACGGUAAUAUAUCUUGUCCAAAUAAUAAUAAAUCACUAAAAUAUAUUGGUUCAUAUAUAAAAUAUAAAUUUGAUAAUCUAUUUACUCAUGGUUUAAUUUUUGUUAUUACAUUUUUAACUAUUAUAAGUGUAUUUAUUAUAUUAAUAUUUAGUAUAAUUUAUUAUUAUACUGAAGGAACAGAUAAUUAUGAAGAUGCGUUAUGGCAAACAUUUACACGUAUACUUAAUCCAUGUGCAGCAGCAGAUGAGGAAGGUUUGAAACAUCGAAUUAUAUCUGGAAAUGUUAUACUUUGUGGUCUUGUUAUUGUUGCAAUAUUAAUUGGUGCAAUUGUAACUUUUAUGGAUGAAAAAUUAAAUGAAUUAAAAAAAGGACAUACAACAGUUAUUGAAAAGAAUCAUACAAUAAUUUUAGGAUGGUCGCCAAAAAUAUGUGACAUUAUUAAUGAAUUAAUUAUUGCAAAUGAAAGUCAACGUGAUGAAAUUUAUUUUAAAUAUGAAAGUGCACUUGUUGGUAGAACAUUUUAUGAUGCUGUAUUUUCAUAUAAUAAAUGUUCAGUGAUUGGAUUAAUGUUAUCCGAUGGAACAGUUAAAAUACUUCCUCCAUCAAAUACAAUAAUAAAUAUUGAUGAUAAAAUUAUUGUUAUCGCUGAAGAUGAUGAUAAAAUUAUAUUAUCAUUCGAUUAUUUAUUACGUAUUAAUAAUCAAUAUUCAGGACCAACAUCAUCAUCAGUAAUUAAUCAUAAUACAGUUUUAUUAGCAAAAUCUAUGACUAGAGAAGCAACAAAAAGAAUUGAACGAACUCUUAUAGUCGGAUGGAAUAAUAAAGCCCCAUUAAUUGCUAAAGAAUUAGAUACUUAUGUUGCUCGUGGUAGUGAACUACAUAUAUUGACAAAUUCUGAUGAAAUAACACAAUUUAUAAAUCAACAAUUAGUUAAUGAAUUAGCAGAACAAAAACUAUUUGUACAUUCUGGAAGUUUGACAAAUAAAUUUGAUUUAGAAAAAUUAAAUUUAUUCUCUUAUCAUUAUAUUAUAUUAUUAGCAAAUGAAGAAAGUGAACAACAAAAUUUAAUUAAAGAAGCUGAUGCUGAAUGUUUAAUUUGUUUAUUAUAUUUACAAAAUAUUAUUGAUAGAUCAAAUAAUGAAAAAACAUUCAAUAUAAUUACAGAAAUGUAUGAUAUACGUAAUCGUCAAUUAGUAAAUACAACAUCUGCCGAUGAUUUUAUUGUUAGUCCAAAUUUAAUAUCAAAAUAUAUUUCGCAAUUAUCUGAAAAUAAAAAUAUAAAUAAAGUUUAUGAUGUUUUAUUAACAGCUGGUGGUCCUGAGAUUUAUUUAUGUUUAGCAUCGAUGUUCGUUCCACUAGAAACACCAAUUAGUUAUCAUCAAAUUUUACAAGCAACAUUAAAAUAUAAAUGUUUAGCAAUUGGUUAUAGAUUAAUGCAAUAUUCACAUGAUAAAACAAAAUUUUUUGGAAUUGUUUUAAAUCCAGAUAAACAAGAACAAAUUAUAUUUUCAAAAAAUGACAAAAUUAUUAUUUUAGCUGAAAACUUUAUGUCAUCUGCUCCCAUAGUAGUUCAUACUAAUUAUAAAUUUCAAAAUACUAGAUUCUAA